AUGAGCCCGCCUAAAGAGGAGCCGAUGUCAGAAGAGGAGCCCAAUGAUCCUAUUGACUCGGCAGAGCCUACAACAGUGGAGGAAGACGUUCAAAACAUGGCAGAGGAUCCAGCGUCACCAGAGGACGAUAAUGCAGUUGAAAGCACAGAGACUGAAUACCCACCAGAGGCAGAAACAGCGGAGGAAUCAAUGACGUCAUCGGCAGUACUCAUAUCUCUCACUACCAUUGCGCUUACAUUCGCC